CCUCGAUCCUUGGCCGCAGUGCAAAGAGAACCGGCGCGUUCGACGCGCGUGUUCCUGUAUCGCUCGUGACCAUCGUAAGGAUCUCGAAAAGCGUUGGCGGGAAAUCUUUUAUCCUAGAACGCGUGCGUCAUAUUUUUCAAAAGGAUCUUUUAUCCUUUAGGAAAAAAGAAAAACCUCGUCUUUCAUCACUUAUAUUACUUUUUAUUCGUCAUUUUUCGUUCGCUUCUUUGUUCUCCUUUUUGUUUUUCUUUUCUCAAAAAAAAAAAAAAAAAAAAAAAAAAAAAAAAAAAAAGGAAAAAGAAAAAGGAUAUUAAAAAAAGAAACCGAGAAAUUAAUCGAGAGAAGGAUCGAAUGAGUUUGAAUUCGUUUGUAUCGAUCGAUCGAUCGAUCGAUAUAUAUGUUCUAUAUAUAUGUGUAUUUAUCGAUAUAUCGAACAAAGUAUCGUUUAAAUUCUACGAUCCUGUAAGAGUUAGGAAGAUCGAAGCGAACGAGUGAACCAGUUUUCACGAUCGACCGCAGACAACCGCAAGCUUCGAGUCCGCGAGAUCGAUCCGCCUGGAUCGUGUUUGCAUCUCGAUCUAUGAUCUACGAAGACCUCGUUGACAUCGACGAUUUCUUUCCUUCCUUUUCGUCUUCCUACUCGUCAGAAUGAAGACAGAGAAAAAUUAUGGAAUUCUAUUGUUAUUGGUCCUUUUUGAUUUGGCAUCAUCGGCCAUGGUUUUACCGAGACCACCAUCAUCGCCCAAUCACAUACACGAGGAUCAUGACUUCAAUGAGCGAAAAAUUUACGAGAGUGGUAAAUCCGUUCAUGGAUUCUUUCAAAACACUAACGUCGAAAGGCCAGACACGGACAAUAAUUACAGAUUGGUGGAAAUCGAAGUCCAGGGUGCUGAUGACGUAGAUCCGGAAAAUCUUCAAGGAUUGGUACAUGCAGUAUUGAAAAAUCAACAAACCAUAGAAUCUUCUAACGAGAGUUAUCCAAAUCCCGAAGUUGUACCAAACUCAAUAUUAGGCGUAAGAAAUAUUGGGAUAUCGUCGAACUUUCGUUUGGAUGGUUACGACGAGACAGAAAAAAGAGUAUUAUUGAGCCCGCCAAAGUUACACAAUCUCGAUGAAAAAUUAUAUUAUUUGAAGAGUGGUAAGCCAAAGGUUUAUGUCAACGUAAGAGGUAAUAGUGGUACAUUUAGGAAAAUAGAGACUGGUCCUAGAAGUACCUUGAGCGAAGGUCCAUUGGACUAUUUAAGAGUAACCAGACCGUUCGAGAGACAAACAGAUUGGAAAACGAAACAUGAGAAGAAACUAAAACCACCGAAAAAGUUUGAUCGACUCGUACACGAUCCCGAUAGUUUAGAGGAUUCGAAGAAUUCAUUGAAAAACAUGAACGUUAAUGGGAUCAAGGAACGAGCUUGGGCUCUUGGUUCUGAACAUUUAUCUACAACAGAAAAUUCAAUGGUUACAUCGAGCGAAUUACCCAAACAAAUUCCAGCACCUCCUAGCAAAGUACCUAGUAGACUUCUUAUGGCUCAAACUACACCUGUUCAAAGGUAUUCAUUGAGAAGGACCGAUGUUUUACCAAGUUAUAAAGUAUACGAGGACUGACGAGAUACCUGGGUCAAGACCAUGAAAAGUUGUUGUCCAGGAGUGUUAAUGAAAAUCGUUGUUGUGGACCUCCCAAGUUGAGGAUAGAUCACGUUAGGUCUAAAGGAUUAGCAGAAAAGCCAAAUGAUGAUCACGAUCGAUGAAUUUGUCAUAUAUACAUACAUAUAUAUAUAUAUAUAUAUAUAUAUAUAUAUAUAUAUAUAU